CCUCUCGUCAUAGUCUUGUUACUCUUUCAUAUACGUUUGCGAAUGGGUCCAGGGUCUACCACGUUAAAGGACUGGGAUAUGACACAGGGGAUAAUAGUUGAUGAAGACUGGCUUAUCACACUUCAUGUCGAUGUUAUGUAACGUCUUCACUAUUGACAUUAUGGUAAACUGGAUUUUGUUUUUUAUUAUCUGCAGAUUGGGAAGUUGGAAAAAGACUUCCAGAAAAUAGAAUCAGAUCAAAUGACAGCCGUACAAGAAAUGAAGACUGAAAUGAAGACUAUUAAAGCUGCACAAGCGAAACAAACCGAAGAAACUCAAAACCUGCAAGAUGAAAUGAGAAAGCAACGUGAAUUGAACCAAGAAAUGGAGAAACAGCAUGAUGAAUCGUUGAGGAAAGUGCAAGACCAGCUGAAAGAAGGAAAGAUGGCAAGGGAAGCAGCAGAGCAAAAGGGAAAUACUCUGAAAUAUCGGAUACAGGAACUAGAGGAGCGCCAUGUGGGCCCGAUGAAAACCAGCCAAGAUUUGAGACAACAAGAUCAGACUGAAGAAAAGAUGGCAAGGGAAGCAGCAGAGAGAAAGGUAAAUGCUCUGAAAUAUCGGAUACAGGCACUAGAGAAGCCUGAUGCAGGGCAUAUGGAAACCAGCCAAGGUUUGACAGAACAAGAUCAGACUGUGUCUGGUGACUUCAAGACAGGGGUCUAUCAACAAGCCGGGGAUGAAGCUGAACAACAUGGAGCCUCGAGUGACGUUAAGGAGAUGGGGACCACCGCCACAGUGAGAGCAGCUGACGAUAGUGUUCCACAUCAAGGAGUGACACAGAAAGACUCCAACCCCCGCCAUGUUGACGCCCUCCUUGAUGCCUGCUGUGAUGGGGACAUGGCCGAGGUGAAGCGUGUCCUGGAUCUCGGACAGGUAGACGUCAACUAUAGAGGAGGGAGGAGCCUGACACCGGUGAUGAUGGCAGCACUUGGGGGAUACAGAGAGAUGGUGGAGCUGCUACUGAGUAGAGGAGCUGAUGUGUCACUGGUGGACGUGGUCGGUAACAACACCCUUCACUGGGCCUGUGUGGGAGGCGACGUGGGGACGGUGGAGUUGAUACUGUCCCAGGACGGGGUGGACGUCAACGCCAGGAACAACGACGGGGAGACAGCGGCCGACGUGGCGAGUGGCAGGGGACAUCAACUGGUGGAUCUCGUGUCACGUGCUGCUCGGUGAAGUCGUGUGGUGUGGUGUAGACAGUGAUGAGGCUGUUACUGACAGUGACGUGGUGUGUGCCGUGCACGUCGUCGUAUUUACAUUGUGGGACCAAGGUUAGAAUUAUUGUUGUGUUUGAGGAGAAAUAAAACUUGUUGAAAACA